AGACUCGUCGGCGAGACUACGGGGCCAGGCUUGGCUACGCUAGGCGCUAUCGACGUCGGCAUUUGCGAUUAGCAUCAUCGCGACUGCCUGCGGCGAUACGCCGAGUCAUAAUCAAGCCUGGCCCAUCGUAUCGCCAACGAGCUCCGACAUGCCAUCUGCUUCGUCAAGACGCAGUCUUCGACCUUUUGCUUCGCCUUGUCAUCAUCGUCUUCGCUCCUCCGCAUCGGCAGCAACGCCAAGCACCGAGACGGCGAGAUCUUCGACGACGCGCUGCAUCAUGCUCUCGCACAUGGCGCUCUGUCCACGGCUAACCUCGCGAUUCGCAUCAUCGCGACGAUCCGCGGGGAUUGAGGGGGAGCUGGACGAGCCUGGGCCAUCGUGUCGUCUCCAAUCUUCGAUGCGCGUCUUUCCAGGCCGAUCGACUCUACGGCACUUUCGCCUCGUCGUCGUCGUCUUUGCUGCUCGCCUCGACGGCGUUCGCGGAACGCAGCACGGUCAAAGACGUAAGCGCCACGCUGGCUCGGACUCGACUGGGAUCAGAUCUGUCGACGACGGUCUCGCGAUGACUCUCAUCGCAGCGGCCUUCGCCGUCAUGUUGCGCUCCCAAUCGAGCUUGACUCAUCGUGUCGUCUGCCGGCUCCGACUUGCGACCGGUAGCAAGGCAGAUCGACUCUCUGGCCGCUCUUUUAGCCUGCCGUCGACUCGCAGUGCUUCGCAUCGACGGUCUCGGAGGAUCAGCGCGGCCGAGACGUCCUUGAUGCGGGGCAUGGAAGCGCGCUUCAGCUGCUUCGGCGCCGGUCUCGCGCUUCUAUCAUCGCGCAGAUCGCCGACGAAGCAGCGGAGCGAGCUUUCUAUGCACCGUCAUUCUUUCUUCGCUUCGGGCGUGCCGCCUUCUUCGGCGAGACGGAUCGAUCUUUCGACGUCUCGCACGGCUUCGUCGCUGUCGACUUCGCUUCGACGCCGUCGUCAGGGACGCUUGCUGCGCUCAGGGCAGAUGAGCGAUUUCUAUCUUUGUGUCUCCUAUGUUGCAGGGCAUCGGUGCCGCUUUCGCUACCGCGACGGCCGGCUGCGAUGCCCUGCAAUGUCGGAGACAUGAAGACGGCAUUGCCCAUCGUCCUCGGCGCUUCGGGCUACCUCAACAGGACGACAGAGUUUUCUCGUCUUCACCGCUCGAUGUGCCCAGUCGUCAGGUGCGCUCACGUCGCCUUGAUCACGCGUCGGCACGCCUUCUUAUCAAACAUGCACCAGCGCAUCGACGUCGCUCUCGCCAUUGCGAGGGCCAGCGGCGAUGUCUUGAUGCGUAGAC